UGGAAAACCUUGUUUAAACUCUUAUCCACGGACCCCCUUCCAUCAGGCAAAACCGAAAUCAGCGAAAAUGGUGGCGAAGCUCUGCCUCUUCCGAGCUCAGUGUCUUCCCCUGGCGUUCUUCUCUCACCCAUUUCGCUUUCCCCGCAAACCCUCUCCCUCACCAAAAACCCUAAUCGUCUGUCUUUUCUCCUCCAAUGCCUCUGUGUCCGCCCAUGGUCUAUCGUAUGGCCCAUCUCUGCUGAAAGGCAAGAACCCGUUUCGGGACGGAGUGGGAUUGACCCAAAUCGAUCGACACAGAGAUACCCAGAGGGAAAAGGAUGGAGAUUUCGAUGAACUAGAGGAGAAAUUCGUUCUGGAUGAAGAUGAUUUCUCAAGAGUUUUCGAGAUUUCGGCGAUUCGGGUCCCAGCGAAGGACUGCUUCGCGCUCGAGAGCCGUCUCCGUGGGCAUCUUCUUAACUGGCCGAGAAUCCGGAACAUCGCUAGGGUUCCCGGCGAUGAAGUCGAUGAAGAUGUGAUGAGGCUAUUGGGAAGUAAAACCGGAGAAGAAGAAGAAGAAGAUCAUAGUGCUGUAGAUUCUGUGAAUCGGAGAAUACGGGGAAAAGCAGAGAGUGAUGGAGAGAGACUGAGCCCGGUCUUGUACAGAGAUAAGCUUGCGAGAACGUUUAACUCAAAUGGGUAUGUGAAAUUCAGGAACUUGGCGAAGAUUUCUCGGCCGAAGAGGAUACGGAAGCAGGAGAAGGGUGAUGAAAAGGAAAAGGAGAAGGGAAGAGGACGGAACGAAUUCGCGAUGGUGGAAGUGAUGGAAGACGGCGGAGAAGCUGAGGAUAUGGAGGGGCUGUUGGGGAAAGAGUAUGGGAAGAGAGGGAAGUGGAGAGGCUCCACAAGAUUGUUGCUUUUGGAUGAGAAAUUUUCCGGCAAGGGAGUUCAAGAGCUACCUGAAGCAAUUAAGGUUCUAUUCAUGGAAAGUGAAAGGGGCGGAACAAACUCUAUCGUAGAGCUAGUAAAAUGCAAGCUUACUUUGUUCUAUGAUUACUGGCCAAUGAACCAGAUAUUGGAGGCUUUACUUCCAAAGGGUAUGAUCGUCCCUUCAGCUUUCGAGAUGGUUGGACAUAUCGCACAUUUAAAUCUGAGAAACGAGCAUCUACCAUACAAGAGGGUCAUAGCCAAGGUGGUAGUUCUGGAUAAAAAUCAGCCAAAGAUUCAAACCGUGGUCAAUAAGAUCGAUCCUAUUCACAAUGACUACAGGACCAUGCAACUAGAAAUUUUAGCCGGAAAUCAUUCCCUCGUGACCAUGGUUGUCGAGAAUGGACUGCGUUUUCACGUUGAUUUAGCAAGAGUAUAUUGGAAUUCAAAACUAGCAACAGAGAGACAGAGGCUUCUGCUUGGAUUCAAUCACAAUGAUGUUGUCUGUGAUGUUUUUGCCGGGGUCGGUCCGAUCGCCAUUUCUGCAUCAAGGAUCGUAAAACGCGUAUACGCAAAUGACUUGAACCCUCAAGCUGUGGAGUAUAUGGUACAGAACAGUGUUCUGAAUAAGCUAGAGAAGAAAAUGGAGAUCUUUAACAUGGAUGGACGGAGAUUCAUAAAGGCUAUGUUUUCAAGCGAAAAAGCCCGGAAAAUCACCCGGGUAGUGAUGAAUCUACCAAACGACGCCACUGAAUUUUUAGAUGCUUUCCGGGGAAUAUACAGCGACAGGCCAAAACACGAAGAAUAUUCUUUCCCGAUCAUCCAUGUGUACGGAUUCUCCAAGGCUCCAGACCCAGAAUUCGAUUUCCACGAGCGGAUAAGGAUCGCCCUAUCGGAGGUGGCUUUCGACGUCAAAAUGCGUAAGGUACGUCUCGUGGCUCCCGGAAAAUGGAUGUUAUGUGCCUCCUUCGAUCUUCCGAGGAGCGUAGCCUUCUCCAGAGCAAAGGUAGAUGCUUAAAAUGAAAAAGUUUAGGAAUAUAGGGGUACAUUUGCAAAUACAAAAUUUUGCUUUGUAAAACACUCACUCGCAUUCAUUCUUUCCUUGUAUGUAUGUAUGUAUGUAUGUAUGUAUGUGUGUGUGUAUCGGCGGAUGGUACAAUGAAUUUGUUAAAGCACACAACCAAACAGAUGAAAGGGACACAUCUUUGAUGCAUCAUUAA